AUGGGACUCUCCUACAAUGUCUACUUGACCGCCAAUAAAAUCUUUGGCUGCAAGGGGUGCAAGACUCAUCUGGCAGACUACAAUGACAUCAUAAGUCGGAACUUCCGAGGCCAACAUGGGAAAGCAUAUCUCUUCAAUACUGUUGUCAAUGUCACCCAGCGUGAAGCUGUAGAGCGCAGCAUGACGACUGGUCGACAUAUUGUGCGCGAUAUCGCCUGCAGACAGUGCCAUGAAACGGUAGGAUGGAAGUACGACAAGGCAUAUGAGAGCAGUGAGAAGUACAAGGAGGGCAAGUUCAUUCUUGAAGAGGAACUACUCUGUGUUGUUUAUUCCGGUAUGAUGCAGGCGGUUGUGUUCCACGGCCCUUAUAAGGUGGCUGUUGAGCAGAGGCCGAUUCCUAAGGUGCAGAACCCAGAGGACGUUGUGGUCAAGGUGGGAUAUACUGCGCUUUGUGGGAGUGAGCUGCACAUGUUCCGUGGCGUGGAACCUGCAGGUACAGGAUUCGUCAUGGGCCAUGAGUUCGUGGGCGAGAUUGUUGAGAUGGGCAGCGCCGUCAAGACUCUCCAAAAGGGUGAUCGUGUGGUCACUGCUUUUACUACUUCAUGCGGCGAAUGCUUCUACUGCAAGCAAGGGUGGUCUUCUCGCUGUGAUAAGAACGGUCUUUUUGGGUGUGAUAGCUUGGAUGGUGGACAGGCUGAAUAUGCCCGAAUCCCCAAUGCUGAAGGUUCAGUCAUGAAGGCUCCCGAGGGUGUCGACGAGAAGUAUCUGGUGCUCAUGGGAGACAUCUUCCCUACAGGCUGGUUUGCGGCGCACAAUGCAUUCAAGAACUCGACUCCCGAGCAAAUCGCUCAACAGACAGUAGUCCUGAUUGGAUGUGGACCGGUUGGUCUCUGUGCACUCAUCAAUGCGCUGGAGUACAAGCCCAAGCACAUCUUGGCAGUUGACUCGGUCCCAUCGCGACUGGAACUUGCCCAGUCACUCGGUGCUGAGCCGUGGAACUUCCAGCUGGACCGAGCUGGUCUGGACAAGCGUGUUCGGGAGCUGACAAACGGACGUGGUGCCGAUGCCAUCAUUGAAGUCGUUGGGUUGAGCCCUGCCUUGCGCACUGGCUUUGAACUGGUGCGACCUUUCGGAACGAUCAGCAGUGUGGGUGUUCACAACGGAGAGAUUCCUUGGGAUGGCAACGAUGCCUACUCCAAGAACCUCACUGUCCAGAUGGGCCGAUGCCCGGUUCGUUCUGUUGCGCCCCAGGCCCUGGAGGUGCUCAAGAAAAACCAGCACAAGCUUGGCUUCAUGGCCGAUAAGAUUAUGCCACUUUCGCAGGCGGUCGAGGGCUAUGAGCUAUUUAACGCGAUGAAAGUACAAAAGGUGAUCUUCCAGGCGGACCAGUAG